UUUACUUCGGAAUAUUGGGGGGUGUGGAAACCCCGCCUCUUUUUUCUGCACUUUGCACCAUCUGACUGACUAAAUGGUUGUCCUCCGAACCAAAAAGGCUACCAGACAAUCUAAGGAAAUUGUCUCUGUCUAGGUCAUGUUCGCAUUUGAAGAAUUCAGUGAACAGAGUAUCUGCCAAGCCCGGGCUUCCGUGAUGGUCUACGAUGACACCAGUAAGAAAUGGGUACCCAUCAAACCCGGCCAGCAGGGUUUCAGCCGGAUCAACAUCUACCACAACACUGCCAGCAGCACCUUCAGAGUCGUCGGAGUGAAGCUGCAGGAUCAGCAGGUUGUGAUCAAUUAUUCAAUCGUGAAAGGGCUGAAGUACAAUCAGGCGACACCAACCUUCCACCAGUGGCGAGACGCCCGCCAGGUCUAUGGCUUGAACUUCGCCAGUAAGGAGGAGGCGACCACGUUCUCCAACGCCAUGCUGUUCGCCCUCAACAUCAUGAAUUCCCAGGAAGGAGGCCCGUCCACCCAGCGGCAGGUGCAGAAUGGCCCCUCUCCUGAUGAAAUGGACAUCCAGAGAAGACAAGUGAUGGAGCAGCAGCGCCAGGAGUCUCUAGAGAGAAGAACCUCAGCCACAGGACCCACCCUCCCACCGGGGCACCCCUCAUCUGCAGUCAGCGCCCCCCUCUCGUGUAGUGGGCCUCCACCCCCACUGCCAGCCGGAGGAGCCCAGGGCGCCAGCCACGACGAGAGCUCCGUGUCAGGACUGGCUGCUGCCCUGGCGGGGGCCAAGCUGAGGAGGGUCCAGCGGCCCGAAGAUGCGUCCGGAGGCUCCAGUCCCAGCGGGACCUCCAAGUCUGACGCCAAUCGGGCGAGCAGUGGGGGCGGAGGAGGAGGCCUCAUGGAAGAGAUGAACAAGCUGCUGGCCAAGAGGAGAAAAGCAGCCUCCCAGACAGACAAGCCGGCUGAUAAAAAGGAAGACGAAAGCCAAACGGAAGAGCCCAGCACCUCUCCAUCUCCGGGUACCCGAGCAGCCAGCCUGCCACCCAACUCCUCAGAGGCCGGCCGGAAGCCCUGGGAGCGGAGCAACUCCGUGGAGAAGCCCGUGUCCUCAUUGCUGUCCAGAACCCCGUCUGUGGCCAAGAGCCCCGAAGCUAAGAGCCCCCUUCAGUCGCAGCCUCACUCUAGGAUGAAGCCGGCCGGGAGUGUGAACGACGUGGCCCUGGAUGCCUUCGAUUUGGACCGGAUGAAGCAGGAGAUCCUGGAGGAGGUGGUCCGAGAGCUCCACAAAGUGAAGGAGGAGAUCAUCGACGCCAUCAGGCAGGAGCUGAGCGGAAUCAGCACCUCGUAGAGCGUGCAGGGCCCGAGCCACAACCCCCUGACGGACGGCGGGGACAGAGGAGCACAGCCAGGCCUCCAGCCACCGAGCACGCACUGAAGCUAGGAUGUGUUUCACUUAAGUCUUAACCUGUGAGAAAAUAUUAAAAUGAGGGAAAAGUUCAAUUCCUGGAUUUUUUUAGAUUCUACCUGACACAGAACACCAGGUCUACUCGCCUUUUUUUGUAUUUUAUAUUUGUCUAUUUAAGUGUACAUUUCUUUUGGUUUAUAGAAAAGAUACCCCCAAACCACACGCUUCAUUAGGUGGUUCCGAGUUCCUCCUGGGUGCCCCUCGCACCUGGGCCUGGCGCACUGUGCCAGCAGCUCCUCCCAGCGUCACGGUGUGAAGUCUGUCCACGCCCCUCGGUGUCUGUGUCCACGUGGUAAUAAACGCUUACUGUCCACA